UUUCUCAUCAGGCCCGCUUUCUUUCCCCGACAGUCGUCCGGGAUAAGGGGCGCUAGCGUGGGGAACGACUGGAAAGCAGCUAGAGAGGCAGGCUUUGAGGUUGCCAAGGAGCGGCUGGCCUCUGAUCUUCCGUUUCCGGUAACUGAGGCACGAGGAUCCGGCGUUCCAACCCAGCGGGAAAAUGCGGCCUCUGACUGAAGAGGAGACGCGAGUAAUGUUUGAGAAGAUAGCAAAAUACAUCGGGGAGAAUCUGCAGCUGCUGGUCGACAGGCCCGACGGCACCUACUGUUUCAGGCUGCACAACGACCGGGUGUACUACGUGAGUGAGAAGAUUUUGAAGUUGGCCGCCAACAUCUCCGGUGACAAGCUGGUGUCGCUGGGGACGUGCUUCGGAAAAUUCACGAAGACCCACAAGUUUCGGUUGCACAUCACGGCUCUGGAUUACCUAGCACCGUAUGCCAAGUAUAAAGUGUGGAUAAAACCUGGAGCAGAGCAGUCCUUCCUGUAUGGGAACCACGUGCUGAAAUCUGGACUUGGUCGAAUCACUGAAAACACUUCUCAGUACCAGGGAGUCGUGGUGUACUCCAUGGCAGACAUCCCUUUGGGUUUUGGGGUGGCAGCAAAGUCUACACAAGACUGCAGGAAAGUAGACCCCAUGGCGAUUGUGGUAUUUCAUCAAGCAGACAUUGGGGAAUAUGUGCGGCAUGAAGAGACAUUGACUUAAAACGAAGUCAUCGCGAGGACUUGUGGCUGUGUGGAAGGGCCUAGCUUUGUUUCCUGUGUCUGUGUAGGCUCCACCAUCAUGUUGAAUUUUGUCAACACUGUGACCUCUUCAGGGACUUCUUAGUUUAAUAUUAUGGACAAAUGCAGGCUGGAUUCUUAUGCAGAAAUGGCUCAAAAACGGGGUUUCGGAUCUUUGUGAUUAUGACUAACUAGAAUGCUGUGUUUUGUAUUUGAAUCAGAGGGCUUCUUGUUUUGAGUAACAGGUUCUAAAUUGUUGGAACUGAGGACAAGAAUAGCGUAUUAUUGUUACCUGUGAUAACACUGUUUUCCAAACACAUGAUAAGAACGUAAUGAAUUUUCUUAUUUAUUAAUACUAUGAAAGAUAGAUAUUGCCAUCAGAAUAGUAGGUCAUGUGUGGGAUUUUACAAAUGAAAUUUGGAUAAAACAGUAAGAGCAGUUUAUUCUGCCGAUUUUCUUUACAGUAGGUGCUGUGUAGUGGGAGAAAAAAACUUGGAUUCAAACACCAGUUCUCACAUCUACCAGCUCGAUGGCCUUAGAUGAGUCAUUAAACUUUAAUAAGUUUCAUUUCCUCCUGUUUCAAAAAGCAGCCUAGCCGUCUUCCUAAGAAUAGUUUUUAGAAGUGGAAAUCAUGAUCGUAAAGCACCUAGCACAGUGCCUGGCAAAUGAGAGUGUUGAAUAAAUGGUAAGAAUUAUUUCUGUAAUGUUUAUACUGAGUAUUUCUGUUACUAAGAGUAGGAUCUUAUGAACAUAAUUUGAUUAUAUUAUUUUGGCUUUUACAAACGGUUUUCUCGCUCUUUUUCUUGAAUGGUAUGAUCCCAGGCUGAAUGUUAUUUUUAUCACCUUGAUUUCUAAAACAAUUUCUCUUAUAAAUCUUUUGGGUUUUUUUUUUUAAUUAAAAAAAUUUUUUAUUGUAGUAUAGUUGACAUACAAUAUUGGGUAGUUUCAGGUGUACAGCAAAGUGAUUCAUUUAUACAUAUAUUCUUAAAAAUCUGUAAUUACCUGACUGGCCUGGACAAAAAGCACUAAUCAGAGACCCUGAAAUAAUAAUUUAGUUCCUCCAUCCUUCUCCCAUGCCUUCCAAAAUUAUUUUUAGAAUUAUUAAAAUAUUUUUUAGUGAAAAACAUAUCACAGACAAAAAAAUUUUUAAGUACCUGUAUUGUAAAGCAAUUUCUUUAGUGCAUAUACUGCUUAAUUUAAAUUCCAAAGGUGACAUCUCUAAAAAUAAAUCAUUUUUCAAUUACAAAAAAGCACUCUACCAACUCCUGUUUUUGUAUGCAACAUAUAAAACCCGGUUUUAUAUGUUUUUGUCCCAUUUUUUUCAACUUUUCUCCCUUCCAAGGUUCUCUCUUAAUUUCUAAAUAGACAUAGUGAAGGUCAAGGGGUUGCAGUACAAUGGACAGUAUUUUGAUGGUAGCAUUUAGUGUGUACUUUAGAAAUAGUCAACAUCAAAACUUUACAUACUUUUAUUUAUUGCUAUUUUGCCUGUGUAGAUGACAGCAAUAGGCUACAACUUUCUAACAAGAAAAAUUGAUUUUUUCCCAAUAACUUUACAAAGAUUUGAGAGAGCUUGUGCCCCAGAAGAAAAGAGCCAGGGCACCAUAGUUGUUUGAGCUUAGCAUCUUGGCUUCUUUGUGUCUGUAGUUGUUGGGAUGUUGAAGAGACGCUUCAAGAAAUACAGCUGCAGAAUCCCAGAAAGAAUAAUAACAAGGCUCUGGGCUGUCGACCACCAAUUCACAUAGUUAUAGUUUGACUGGAGUAGGAAAAAGUCAGCCAUUUUUCUCAUGCGAGCAAAGUUGUAGUAUCGCCACAUGUGAAAGAUAUUGUUCUGCAGCUUUCGUGUACUCUUCUGCAGGACAGAAAAUGAAAUACAGAAAGGGUUCCUCCCUAACCUCAUCUAGCCUCACCUGGGUACCCACCAGCACUAACCUAGUUUAUCUGGAAGUUGAGUAACUUAUGAUUUUAUAAUAUGUAAUAAGUUGGCUAUUGGAGUUGUUGAUAAAUGCUAGUUUUGUUGUCUCUGAAAAAAUGGCCUGGACUUCAGUUUUAAAAAAAUAAUUUUUAUAAUGAAAAGCUUCAGUGCUGAAACUAGAAAGUUCCUCCAGAGUAUCUCUAGAUUUAGACAUGUACUCAGCACAUCAUUGCCCUUCUGGGUGAUGUCUUCUGUUCUUUGUAUAUGGUAAAAGAUAAGGGCCUGCAAAUUUUUAUGGAAGGGCCAGACAGUAAAUAUUCUAGGCUUUGCAGGCCAUACAGUCUCUUGCAACUACUAAGCUCUGCCACUGUAGCACAAAAGCAGCCAUAGACAAUUUGUCCAGUUAGCUGUCCCUCAUUAUCAGUGGGGAGAUGGGUUCCAGGACCUGCAGAGGAUGCUGAAGUCCCAUAGUCGGCCCUCCGCAUCUGCAGGUUCUGCAUCUGCAGAUACAGAGGGCCAACUGUAAUUGUCAAAUGAGCAUGGCCGUGUUCUAGUCAAUCUUCACUUACAGAAACAGGCAGUGAGCUUUUGUGCAUCAAGGAGACUAUCAAGAAAGUCAAGAGAGAUCCCAGAGAAUGGGAGAAAAUAUUUACUAAUCACAUAUCUGAUAAGAGACUUGUAUCCAGAAUAUAUAAAGAACUCUUAGAACUCAACCAUAAAAAGACAAAUAACCAGAUUUUAAAAUCGGCAAAGGAUGUGAAUAGACAUUUCUCCCAAAAAACAUGCAAAGAUGCUCGGUGUCAUUAGGGAGACACAACUCAAAAACCACAAGAUACCACCUAUACCCACUAGGAUUGCUAUAGCAAAAAAGACUAUAUAUCAUGUUGGCAGGGAUAUGGAGAAAUUGCAACACUCAUACACUGCUGGUGGGAGUGUAAAAUGGUUUAGCCACUGUGGAAUAUAGCAGUUCCUCACUAAAGGUAAAAAGUUACCAUAUGUGUCAGCAGAGUAUACCGCUUAUAUGUGUACAGAGAUGAAAGCACGUUCACACAAAAAUUUGUAGGCAAAUGCUCACAGCAGCAUUGUUCAUGAUAGCCAAAAACUGGAAAUAACCCAGAUAGAUGUCUACCAGCUGAUAAGUAGAUAAACAAAAUGUGGUGUUUUAAAUAUACAAUAGAAUACUAUUCAUCCAGAAAAAGGAAUGAAGUACUAAUACAUGGUACAAUGUGGAUGAACCUUGAAAACAUGCUAAAUAAAAGAAGCCAAAGACAAAAGGCCACAUUGUAUGAUUCCACUUACAUGAAGUGUACAGAACAGGCAAAUCUAUAUAAACAAAGUAGAUUAGUGAGGGAUUACCCAGGGCUGAGGGGCAUGGGGAACACAGAGUGAAUAAUAGGUCUGCAGUUUCUUUUUGGGGUGAUGAAACUAUUCUGGAAUUAGAUGCUGGUAAUGGUUGCAGGACCUUAUAAACCACUAAACUGUACACUUAAAGUGGUGAAUUGUAUCUAAGUUAAAAAACAGGCAGUGGGCCAGAUUUGGCCUGUGAACCGUUAUUUGCCAAUUCCUGGUAUAAAACAAGUGAGGAAUUUCAAGAGCUCCAAGUCACAAAAUUAAUUAAAGGCUUCAAAUCCCUUUGCCUGUUUGUUUUCUACCCAAAUGAGCCCUCACUCAGAUGAUAUUACUCCCAUAAUUCUAAUCUUUCCUCCAAAUUUAAAGUCAGUUUCCAUGGAUGUUUCUCUCCCACAAAACAAUUACCUCAAUUGCAUCCAAAGUAUCAUUCAGUUGUUUUCUUUCAUUCUUCUCUUUGUGGUCCAUCUCAGGCCCCUCAUAGAAGACUCCAAAAUUGAGGUAUACUUGCACAGAACCAAAGUGAUUUUGCUGAUUUUUUAGACAAAGCUGAUAAAAACCUGUAGGAAUCCCUAGAUCAUUACCAAGUCGUGGUCUCCCACCCUCCCACCCUCUAGAUUUCCCUGGAGAUAACUGUUCUCCAGUGUUAAAUGUGCUACUAUAGCACCUUCUUUUUACUUAGGAAGUACAAAAUCCAGUUUUUGAUGUGGAAGAUACUGAUCUUACGUGAAACUUACUUUACUAAAUAUUAUUUAUAAUGUUUUGCCAAAUAUUAAUAGCUCUAUGUUGGAUAGAAAAUGUUUUCUUCCUCUUUUUCAACGUAUAAUUCCCACAUCUCUUAAGGAAUUUCUGAUCAAGAGCAUAUUAAGAGCAUAGUGUUUGCUUCUUGCAUACCAUUAGAGCUGGGAUAUCAUCUUGAAUUUGAAAGUAGGGAAAAAAUGUAUGCUUUGUGAAUGAAAGAAGCUAUCCUACUGGAGUAACUUCCUGCAAGGUGGUCUGUACGGGGGGCUGAUGGUUGGGGUAUGUACUAGUGCUUGUUCUCAACUGGGGUCACCUCCCCGCGUGUGGUGAUGGGGGAGGAGUGAGGAGGAGCAGGGUUGGAAAGGUGUGGCAGUGUAUUUGAUUGUCGAAAUGACUGGAAGGCACUGGAAGGAAUGUCACGUAGGGGCCAAAGAUGCUGCAUAAUAAUGCUGAAUAUCCUGUGCCACGCAGUGAUUCUCUUAUGUCCCUGUUGAGAAAUAGUCUUUUUUUGCGCACCUGGCUGGUAGAGAGGACAGUUCAAACUGACUGGUGCCGUCCAGGAUGAGGACAGGCUUGAUCUGGCUGUAGGAAUUUUCUGGUGACUGGAGAAGUGCUUUGUUGUAGAAUGUGGAUAUUUUUCAUGGCCAUGCAUUUCCUUGUGUUCUGCUUUUUGGUAACUGGCUCAAGUGUUUUGAUGACUGGAAAGAAAUACUAUCCCAUAAUAAAUUUAUUAAUUGGAA